UUGACACGCAAGAGGGCCCGCGAAGCCCUGACUGGAUUCACUUAAAAGAAAACUGCGAUUGGACUUGUUACAGAGUCGUAACAUAGGGAAGACGUGCUGGGGGCACGGAGUGUUUAAGGUCUACUCGUAGCCUAUCUAUUUUUUUUUUUUAGCGACUGGGUCCUACUUUCUCUUCGUUUUUGUGUAUCUGCGAAACUCUGAAAGUAAUACGAAAUGUCCAGCAACCUCAGGCCAAGGCUGUGCGUUUUAGAUAAAGGGGACAGCGGAUACGGUUUCCAUCUCCACGGCGAAAAGGGCAAGCUCGGUCAGUUCAUACGGCAUGUAGAGCCCGACUCCCCGGCCGCCUCCGCGGGUCUGCUGGCCGGUGACAGACUGGCGUUCGUGAACGGGGAGAGUGUUGAGGACGCGAAGCAUCAACAGGUGGUGUCCCGCAUACGAGAAGUCACGGGAAAACUCGAACUCAUCGUGGUAGAUGCAGAGACCACAACACUGCUUCAGAAGCAUAACUUGAAGUGCAAGAAGGAGUAUGUGACUGAUGGGAUACCGAUACCGAGCAGCGCUGGAUCGGACCACGAAGAUGAGGUGAAUUACGGGGCGCCACGGGAAUCAACCCCCGUCCCGGAGACAAACGGAAACAUAAGUUUGGAGAGACUGAGCGUGAGCUCCAAGGAAUCAAUGUCCGAGUUGCGUCCACGUCUUUGUCACAUGAAGAAGGGUGCCACUGGAUACGGCUUUAACCUGCACACAGAAAAGUCUAAACCCGGCCAAUACAUAAGGGCGGUGGAUGAGAACUCCCCAGCAGACCAAUCUGGACUUCGACCUCAAGAUAAAAUAGUGCAGGUGAAUGGUGUUGCUGUGCACGGGAUGCAGCAUUCAGAUGUGGUGGCAACCAUUAAAGCAGGAGGUGAGGAGACCACACUACUGGUGGUGGAUCCUGAAGCAGAUGCCUUCUUUGCCAGCUGUCAGGUCCUGCCCACUGAGAAACAUCUCACAGGUCCACUCCCAGAACCUGUUGUCAGCCGUGAUGCAGAUGAUCAGGUGAAUGGAAGUGCAGCGCAGGAGGAAAAGCCCGAAGUAUCAAUGAGUCUCUCAAACUCUAGCACCACUUCCAACACAUCUGCUUCUGCAGUUCCAACCAGUACUCCACCUCCAGAGGAGAAACAAAAAAGGAUACCUUCAAAUGAAGAUCCCGGAUUAUCUCUGAACAUGUCCCUGCAGCAGGCCAAGGAACAAGCUCAUAAGAAACGCUCCAACAAAAGAGCUCCAGCAAUGGACUGGAGCAAAAGAAAUGAGCUCUUCAGCAACCUCUGAAUCUUUUUUUUUUGUGCCCCCCUUUCUCAUUCUUCUGGUCUCCUUUAGUUCUUUUGAUCGUGUUUUUUUUCUUUGCUUCCUCUCCCCACUGAAAUUCUUCUCUUGUGCUUCUCCUUUACAUCAUGCCUCCUUUCUUCUUGUCCGUCCUCGCUAUCCAUUUUUCCUCUUCGCUUGUACACUUGCACACAUUAGAAACCUCUUUCACGUGCGUAUUCUUUUUAAACCAGUGUUGUUUUGCCCCUGUGAUUUCUGAAUCUGUUGAUUUUAUAAUGAAGUAAUUUGUUUCACAUUUUUGUUUAGCAACUUUUGUCGACUUCAUUUACCUCUAUACCACUGGUAUAAAACUUCAUACGAUUUAAAGGGUUAGCUCAUGCAAAAAUGAAAAUUCUGUCAUCUAGUCAUGUUGUUCCAAACCCACAUGAGAAAUUGCGCUGCUCUUUCAAUUACAAUUUAAGAGGCAGUCAGUUCUCCACAGAAGAAAGUCAUGCAGGUUUGGAACAUGAGGGUGAGUAAAUGAUGAUGUGUUUUAUUUUUGGCCGAACUAUCCCUUAAAAAUUACUGUAUAAUGUGGAAUAUAUUUUUUAAAGACUCUGAAUCUCUUAUCUAUAUAUUUUCUUUCUUUGCUUAAUAAUGAUGGUCUGUAUGAAGUAUAAAGUGGAAGUUGUAUUUCUUUCAGAUAUGGUCUUAAAGUUUGAGUUUCCAAGUAACUUUAGUGUUGCAGUCCAUUUUAAUUUACAUUUUUUAUAAAUCAAUCAAUAUAAGGUGUAGAAGCUACAGCCUUCUAAUGUUGUAAGUGUGAGCUUUAUAAAAAAAUGGUCUGGGACACAUUAACCACUGUGAAUGAGGUUAUCAUUUUUGACUGAAUUACUAUUAUUUGAAUGUUGACUGUAAAGAACCUUCAAAAUAAAAAAAGAUGUUAUUUAAAAUUCUUUUUUUUAGUUUUUGAACAACACGUUAAUUUUAAAUAGAGUAAGAACUGGAUGUUUAAGCAUGAAAUGUUUGUGGCAAAACAUUACUUGUAAAUCAUGCACAGUAGUUUUGUUCUUGAAAUUUCUCUUUACUCCAUUUGUCUUUUUAGUUGGUUAAGUUGUAAUACAAAUAUUAAAACGUUCCUGCUUCUUUAAAGGGAUAGUUCACCCUAAUAUAAAAAUUCCCACCCACAUGCCAUCCCAGAUGUUUAUGACUUUCUUCUGCAGAACACAAAGAUUUUUGAAGAAUAUUUCAGCACUGUAGGUCCAUAUAAUGCAAGUGAAUUGUGACCAAAACUUUGAAGAUCCAAAAAGCACAAAGACAGCAUAAAUAAUCCACAAAUUACCCAUAAGACUCCAGUGGUUUAAUCCAUGUCUUCUGAAGCUAUCGAAUCAACUUUGGAUGAAAUCAGACCAAAAUAACUCCAUUUGCACAAUAAAUCGUAAGCAGUCUCUUUUGCGUUAGCGCCAUCUAGUGAUCUGCACAUAUGUAAAUCACCGAGAACUGUAAUCGAACUUGAAAUCAUGAUUGUUUCUAGAGACUGCAAUAGCAAGAUGUACAGUGAAAAAGGAGUUACGUUUUGGUCUGUUCUCACCCAAACUCAAUUUGAUUAAGACAUGGAUUAAACCACUGGAGUCCUAUAGAUUAUGCUGCCUUUAUGUGGUUUUUGGAGAUUCAAAGUUUUGGUCAACAUUCACUUGUAUUGUAUGGACUACAGAGCUGAAAUCUUCUUCUAAAAAUCUUAAUUUGUGUUCUGCAGAAGAAAGUCAAACAUCUAGGACGGCAUGAGGGUAAAUGAUGAGGGAUAUUGGGUGAACUAUCCCUAUAAUGAACUCGAGUCUUUGUUCUACACUCUGUAAAGUAAUUUUAAUUCCCCACUUGCUUGGGGAAAAUUAUAAUGUCACAUUUUCCUAGUAAAUAACAAAUCUAAGGCUUUAAAUUAUGUAUUUUUUUUCUUCAUAUUUGUUGAAUUUUAGAUCGGGUCAUUGUGCACAUAUUCUU